UCCACGUCGGGAUGAGCGCCCACCUGCUGAUGGUCCCCAAGAAGCCACCCGCUGGGGUGCGACGGACCAAGAUGCAUUUCUGGGACGGGCUGGAGGCCACCUUCAUGAUGCCCAGCGUCACCCCCGAAGAGCGAAGGGCCGUCUGGGACGCGGUGGCUGCCCACCUUCAGGAGCAGCUCCUGCUGCACAAGGGGGUGCGAAUUCCCACCCUCGGCUCCUUCGAUGUUGUCCCCAAACAUGUCCGUGUUGGAGAUGAGGUGGUGACCAUCCAGAAUCCCAGGUUUUACCUGGCCAGGAACCUCACCAUUGUCCACAACCUGAUGGACAACAAGUCCUACCUGCCCGGUGAGAUGGUUGGCGACUUCCCCUCUGGAAAAGCAGCUCCAAAAACAGAGGGGGGAGGUUUGGGAGGUGACACAAUGAUGGGGACAUGUAGCCAUGGGCCACCGGGUGACCUUCUUCACCCCUCUCCUGUGUUUCUUCCAGGCAACAAGGAGUUGGAGCCCCUCAAGUACUCCAAGGUGGCCACCUCCAUGUCCCGGAAGAAGGUGGAGGACUGUAUCAUGGGGACUUUGUCCCUCCUCUCCCACUGCUUGGCCAAGGGGGAGAAUGUGGCCCUAGUCCUCAAGGACGUGGGGUUGCUCCUCAUUGAAGGCACCAAGGUGCGGAUGAGGUUCUACCACAACUUUCUGGAGAUGUUGUCUGGGAAGGAGAACUUGGAAAAAGUGCUUUUCAAGGUCCCCAAGCUGCUGGACAUGAUGGUGUCCCCGGUGGUACCCGUGGCCUCCCUGACUUUCUCUGGCCGCGUCAUCAUCUUCCCCGAGUUUGUGAUGGAGUCUGUGCCCAAACCCCCGCCCCGGCUUCUUCCCAAGACCCCUGGACCAGACCCCACCCAGGACCAGCAGAUGAGGAAGGAGAGUUUGCCACCUCUGAGGAAGAAGAGUUUGCCACCUCUCUGGCAAGACGGGCAAGUGAGAUUUCCCGGUUUCCCCGUUCCUGGUGGCCCAGAGGUGACUCCGGGUGGAAUCCCCAUGUUGUGUGAUGUCACGGGGGGGGAGAAGAAGAAGAAGAAGAAGAAGAAGAAGAAGAGGAAAAACUCUGGGGUCAGGAAGCGGUUGGUGACGUCAGGGGACAACUCUGCCAAAGAGCAGCCCGGCAUUGGCCAAGGGAAGGGCCAAGGUGGGCCCAAAGGUCCAGCGGCCCAGAAGAACCAGGAGGAGAUGGUGAGAACUCACUACAGAGGAGGAAAAGGAGAAGGAGGAGGAGGAAAAAGAGGAGGACGAAAAGAAGAACGAGGAGGAGAAAAAGGAGAAGGAGGAAAAAGAGGAGAAGGAAAAGGAGAAGGAGAAGGAGGAGGAGAAAGAGGAGAGGACAUAGUGGAGAAAAUCCUGGCGGACCUGGCGGUGGGGAAGAAGAUGAAGACCAAGCCCUCCCACCUUGGGGAAGCCCCCACCUCCCUGACCCCCAUCGUCGCCGUAUUAUCGGCCACCAGCUCCCAGAGCAGUCUCCUGGAGGAACCCACCCAGAAGGUGACCUGGUGGCCACCACCCGGCCCCAGGGGGCAAAACCGGGGGCAUUGAGUGACCUGAGGAAACCUUCUCAGGAGACCAGAUGGUGGAGAUGGAACUCUGGGGCCAACGGGGCUCCAGGAGGCCCUCGAUGGACAACCUCUGGGUUGGCCCAACCAAUGGAAGAGGUGACCAGUCCAAGGGCUGGGGGACACCCCUUUUUUAAUGGUUCUCAACUGGAAUGAAGAAGGGUUUUCCACUUGGCCACGGCCCACCUUGGUCCUGGAAGUGGAGCCACCUGAGGGACCUUCCCCGGGGACCUCUUCUAGGGAAAGGAACCUGCUUUUUGGGGGGCAAGAGAGGCCAACGGGGCACUUUGGAGCCACGCGGUGAAGAUCUGGGGUGGCCCCGGAAGGGAAUGGAGAAGAUGGGGGUCCAGCUGGGAGGUCCUAGAGGCCACCAAGAGGCAGGUGGAGGCCACCUGAGCUUCCACCCGGGGCCAGAAGGGGCCAGGGAAGGAGAGGACUCAAGGGGUCAAUUGUCUCCCCAUUUAUUUCCUACUCCUCUCUCCAAUUAGGAAACACUUGGAGCAGAUGCCCCCGUUUGGCCCAUGAAGGUCACUGGUGGGACUGGGAGGAGCUGGGCUUGGCCACCCCCACCCUCCUGGGGCCUUAUUUUUGUCUUAAUUCAUCCGGUUUUUGGCAACGAGGAAGGGUUUUCCCCCAGCAAAGGAUCCCCUCGUGGUGCUCCCAUGGGCUUGAAGGAUCUCCAGAAUGUUCACUUAAUGGUCUUUACUGGUGGAGCAAGGGAGUCCCCAGUGUCCCAAGGGUCUUCUCCAUGGGUGGGUGUUGGGGUGGGGGUCAGGAACUCUCCUGGUGUCCCCCUCCCCCCAAAACCCACCUGGAUCCAGCUCCACAGGGUUCUCCUCCACCAUCUCCAGUUUUGGAGCCACCCCUCCAUGGAAGGGGGGUCCCAUGGGGCAGGGGGGAUGGUGGUUCUGAUGUCUCCCUGGUGCCUCCUCGGGGUUAAUAAUAAAAUUAUUUUAAUUAA